AUGCUUUGCGAGCACUGUGGUCUACACUCUGGCGAUGUGGCAGUUCUCGCGUGGCAAGACAAGAAGCGAGUCACAAUGAUAUCAACUUAUCACAAGGAUGAUAUGCGUGUGACUCAAAACAAAGCCAACCGAGUACAGAUCAAGCCUGUUGUUGUUCGUGACUGCAACAAGGAGAUGCUGGGAGUUGAUCUGAAAGAUCAGAUGCUCCAGCCGUACUUGCUGGAACGAAAACGAGGAACAAAGUGGUACAUGACAUUGUUCAAAAGAUUACUGAAUGUAUCAAUACAUAACGCAAUGGUCAUGUAUCGGUCUGUUCCAAGUAACAGGAAAAUAGACACCCUGAAAUUCAGGAUUCUUCUCGUCCAAGGUCUCGUAGAGAAACACGGUCCUGCUGUACCACGUCCUGUAACCGGCCGUCCAUCACUUGAGCCCCCCACCUAA